CAGCUAAUUGAGAUGCAGCUUGAAAGUCAGAUAGGGAAAUCAUCCUCACCAACAGCCCCGUUAACGAUGUAGUGACAAAUGUCCUCCUAACCUGCGCCCUUGAGGACGUUACAACUCCUGCCAAAAUCUACGGACAUUGUUGGGAAGGUCAAACUGCGGCUUAGCUUCCCGCCCCGCCGACUCCAGACCAGCCCGCGGUGCUCGCUCGCUUCCCUUCCGCAACUGCAGGGGUGGAACUCGGACUGAGUCAAAGCGAGGGUUCCCUGGUGUUCCUGCCGCUUCUGCUGCUCCAUGCUCCGGCUCGGCGUCUGUAUGCAGUCAGCCUGCUAUGGAGAAAUGGAUUCCCGCCGUUGAAUCGACCCCAAUCGAGAUAUAGUGUGAUGUAUCUCGCCUCCCCCUGGCGGGCUGCGAGGGCAUGAGACUGCGAGGCAGGCGGGAUUUCAACCCUGACUCUUAUCUAGAACUGUCCCCUCCUCCUCCUCGUCCUGUUGCCUGGUUACCUGGCGUCCUAAGCAAGGGGGUACGCCUUCGUCUGCGCUUGGAUCGACGUGACAGCGGUGGGCCGGGCUGCUGGCAGCUGGUGGAUUUGGAGCCAGAGGCAGUUGUGCGGAGGCUGAGGAGCCGGGCCCCCGACACCUGCGCUCAAAGUCUGAUGAGUACCUUGUCUGCCAGCUCAGAGAUGCAGACUCCCGCUCUCGGCCCCCAGUUUAUAGCGGGGCCCCAGGGUAAGGUACCUGGCAGGAAGAGAGGACGGCCUCCUAUCCGUAAACUUGAGUUCCAGAGUCACUACGUUGAGACUCUGUCGCCUCUCAAAGUCCCGAAGAAGAGGGGCAGGAAACCUGGUUAUAAGCUGAAGCCCAGGAUGGUGAUGUCUCCACUAGCUAACUCUCCUCCCAGCAGCACACCAGAACCUGAGAUGGGCUCCAUCCCACAGGAUGCUGCUAUUGUCCCUCACUCUGCCACACCACAGGUCCUAACAGCAGAGACAUCGAUGCCUGAUGACUUCUUAUGUGACCCACCAGUGGACUCCAAGCGUUACGCUGUAGAUCCCAGCGACUCUGCCUUCAAUGUCAUGACAUCACAGUACCCACCAAAGCGCUCCUAUGGUUACCGUGGCAGCAGUUGCUCUACCCCAAUGGGCUUGUGCAGACAAGCAUCGAGCCCAGGAAGCUUCCAGGACGUAAACAGGAAUGCUUACAGUCCAGACUCUGGAGACUGCAAGCGUCCUGCUGGUAAGGACCCGUCCGGCUGGGGUGUGGAGGAGGUCGUUUGGUUCAUCAAAGAUGCCGACCCCCAAGCCCUGGGACCCCACGCUGACGCAUUCAGGAAGCAUGAGAUAGACGGAGACGCUCUGCUCUUGCUGAAAAGUGAGAUGAUGAUGAAGUAUCUGGGACUGAAGCUGGGACCUGCGCUCAAGCUCUGCUACCACAUCGACAGGCUUAAACAGAAUCGGUUGUGAUUUGCUGCAGAGGAGCCAAACCCCUAAACACUUCUCACUAAAACUGUAUCGCUGCUGAUUCUCUUAAACAUUUUCAGCCAUCAGCAAUACAUCAUUAACUCUUUUGGAUCCUUUUUUUAUACACAUUGGACAUGUUGACUUUACAUAUUAAGACUAUUUGCAGCAAUUUUUUUAUUUCCAUCAUUGUUUAUCGGGUAUAUGAAUGGAUUGUAAAUAGCGUAGCUCCACAAAGAUGGCAGCUACUGUAUAUUGAACAUUGACUUGUCCACUCUUCAGUCUACAUCUGACUCAAUAUCAUGAAUUUGUGCAGAUCUUAAUCAUGGACACAACACCUCUGAAGACCUACAAAGACAGGGAGCUUAACAAACUUGUAUGGCGCUUUACCUCGAUAUAUUUAAACUUAAAGAAGUCUUUGGGUUAAGGCACAAUGCUGCUACAGUUUUAAAAUAAUAGUUUUGUUAGUUAGUUUUGUUGUAAACUGAUGAUAAUGUUGACACAGGUAUCACUCCUAGACACAAACUGUAACCAAUUUCUCAAACUCUUCAGCAAGUAUUGAAAUCUUUUGAACCUUUUUGAAAUAUUAAAAAGUUAUGCAUCUCACACUGAAGUGAAACAAAGGGUAACAUGUUUACCAUAGACCACAGCACAAGAGAGAAGCGAUAAGGCGUUGCACCAAUCAGAGGUGCAUAUAAGAUGCAGCGCUCGAAGUAACAGGAAGGAAAGGAGACACUGGGGUUAUUCACCAUCUUCUCAUGAAUUGUACAUCAUGUUUCACUCAAGUGCUGUGAGAGAAAGCAACUUGUAGCAAACUCAAACAGUACAACUUGGUGCUCACUUAUACCGUUACUGCCACUACAACUACCACAUCACUCAACAACAUAAUCACUCUCCUCCUACACUUCAUUACUAUCUCUGUGUGACUUCCAGUGAUAAGAUUCUUCUCAUGCAAUACCUCUUCAGUCAUUUUGAAUAUAAAUGUCUCUGAGUCAUGUUUUGUUCUGUCAAAUAUUUAAGCAGUAUUUGAUCUCCAAAAAGGAAGAAAGUGACAAACUAUUAAGUAAAAUAUCUUGACAUAUUAACAUUUGUGUCAGCCACCAAACUUUUUACACUGAGUUUGAAACCAGUAUACACUGUAAUGAUCAGUCACAAGCUGUAUAUGACAAACUUAGACAACUUGUGGUUAAACACAAUGCUUUCUAUUACUGUACAGUACUUAUUACUCAUUUUAAUCGUUUGUAUUCUAUGUGUUUUGCUUAAAUUUGUUAGUCAGUGUGCCACACAACAUGUGUGUCAGUAAAUAUAAUUAUGUAUUGUAUGACUGUCUUGAGCCUGAGGGAGCUAUGGGCUGCAUUAAACUUUCACAUUUCAUUUUCCUAUUGACCUUUUCCAAUCAGAUAACUUCAUUUCAGUGGAUUUGCAUUAAAUGAGGCAAUUGUGUUGCACACAGGCUGUUUACCCAAAUUAGAAAUUUCCAAAUAUUUUCAACAAAUAUUUAUCUCACCUGUGACCCAUAUUUAAUCAAUUUGAUUCCUAAUGACCUUUCUUUUUUUCUUUUUAAUAUGAUGUUUUUUAAUGCAUACUUUUUCUAGAUAAAAUAAACCUUGUUCAAUGAA